CGAAGAGCGAAGCACACGAAGAAUCGAUCGUCGAAGAAGAAAAAGGUAACGCAAACGGGUAUCGCGGUCUCGAGUUGCGUCAGUCAAUAGUAAAAGACUCUCCGAGUGUGUCUGUGUCCUCACCUAAAGCCCGGAGGUACGAAUACCGAUACGGGAACGUGACGACCACGAAGAAGAUCCAUUCGGGCCAUCUUCUGAGAACAAUACAACGAAGUUGACCCUUUGCUCGCGGUCGAGGUGCGGUGUGUAGUUGAUAUACGGAAAAGUGCACGCCUAUGACCUUUUCGUUUAGUUGACGAUUAUGGUAGUGUAUUGGACUGGUUGCUCAGGUGGAUAAUAUGGGAGGAGAAUAGUGAUUUGUGUUGUAUUUAGUGGUGCUUUUCCGAAAAAUAUAAAUCCGUCAUGAAACGAAGACCUAUAAGCAGCCUGCUCCUUCUAACAGCCCUACUCACCGUAACAACGGCUCAAUGUCCGUGGCAACGUGAAAUGCCCGAACUCCUCUCCUCGUGUUUAUGCUCAUAUAAUUUGGGACAUGAACUUUCAGUGCAAUGUGACAUAGUGGACUUUUCAAAACUGCUUGGUGCGCUCAAUCGAUUCGCUACGUCGACACCUCUAGAUCUUCUUUAUAUAAAUAAUUCCACGAUAAACGAAAUCGGAGAUGAAGCUUUUAUGAAGCUUAAGGUGCAUAGUAUGCAGCUCUCAGGUUGUAAAAUAAGAAAAAUUAGUGAUGGUGCUUUCGCGGGCCAGGAACAAUCGCUUAGGAAUCUAAAUUUACAAGAUAAUGAACUGACUGUAGUUCCUGUAAAUAGUUUACGUAACCUAAGAAGUUUAUCUCUUCUUGAUCUUUCACAUAACAAGAUAAGUACUGUGCCAAUGAAUGCGUUCGAAAGUCUAGUAAAGUUAGCAACGCUCAAACUUUCAGAUAAUAAUGUCACUCUAGACGAUGGUGCCUUAAAAGGUCUGGAAGGAUCAUUAAAAAAUCUAAAUCUUAAAGGCACGAAGCAAAAAGAAGUGCCAAAAGCCAUUCAAGGUAUGAGGACUCUAGCAUUUUUAGACUUAUCUCAAAACAUGAUCAAAGAACUGCCUGGACCUAGUGGAGAUCAAACGUUCGAAGGUUUAGUUGCCCUCACAGCACUCAAUUUAGAACGGAAUUUGAUUCAAAACUUACAUGAGAAUGCCUUCUUUGGAGUUAAACGGACAUUAAGUUCUUUGAGCCUACUCAACAAUUUGCUGCCUGAUUUUCCUACAACUGCCAUAAGUAGCUUACGGGAGCUAAGGGUUUUGGAUAUAGGAUUUAAUUUACUGACUGAGUUGCCGGAAAACUCUUUUAAAGGAAAUCCCUCGAUUACUUUACUGGCUUUGGACGGUAACCCAUUAGCUACGAUACCAUUUGAAGCUUUGUCGCAUCUCAACAGUACGUUACGAGGAUUGAGUCUGGGAGGAAGGUUUUUGCACUGCGACUGCCGUUUAGCAUGGGUAAUAAAUUGGAUUCGCCAUGACUUACAAGUAACCAGUCGAGAGCGAAACCCCCAAUUCUGUGGAAGUCCUCCAAGGUUCAGGGACCGCAGUUUUUACAGUAUUCAACCCGAAGAACUAUCUUGCUCUGCCAAAGACAGAACCUCGACCACCACCACCAGUACUAAACCUACCAUACAAAAGAAAAAAGAUACCGAGGAAGAAAAACCUAAAGAACCUGUGGGGGUCGCUACCGUCAUAAGCGCGGAUUUAGACGAUUUGAUUCAGGCCAAUCCAGAACUUCUACCGUCUACCUCAUCAACCACAAAGCAACCAUUCACAAAAUCUACACCUGUCCAGAGCAGCACCUCGGUAACCACGAAAGUAACAACAGUGUCUUCAACUACUACCAAAAGCACUACCAGUUCUAAGCUAAAAGCUUCGAUACCGUGGAAGAAUACCCAGAAACCACCAAUGGUACUCGCGUAUCCGACACGGGGAAAAGCUGAUGAAAGUAAAGAAGUGAUAGUAAAAAAUGCAUUCCGACAAGAUAGUUCCGUAAUCAUUCAGUGGGGUUCCGAAACGGCUAAUAUUCUCGGAUUUAGGGUUGUUUAUCGACUAUUUGGAGAUAAAAGUUUCAAACAGGGACCACCUUUGGAAGCCAGCGAGAGAGAAUUUAAGAUCAAGAAUGUACCAUCACAGGAAUGUAUCAUUGUCUGCGUCGUAUCUCUAGAAGAAAUCAAUGUAACUCCAGACACAGUUCCGUAUUCUCAAUGCCGGGAAGUCCGAACUGUUUCCUCGGCUUCUUCGAACAUGGACAAAAUCACCAUCGCAGCUAGCGCUGCUAUCUGCGGUACUAUUGUGGUGGCGGUUAUUGUAUUUAUAGCAGCUUCGAGACGACGAUCAAGAAAACUACAUGAAAUACAUCAACAGAAAAUGGGAAUGAAGCACGGAAUACCUAUAGCUGGAUUACCUGUUAAUUGUUGUACUGGUUUGCCAAACAGCCCAGGUGAACCUCUGUCAUCGUUGGCAACACUUAGUGCUUUCAAUGCUACAAAGGAAUGGGAUCAAGUUUCUGCUUACAGUACUCAUAGCCAACGGCCCAGAAUGUACACAUGUGACGCGCCGCCCUCCAUUGACGACAUGCGUUCACAUUUCGGACCGAAAGGACCCAAACGAUCCAACGCCGAUGGACAAUCCCAGAACAGUUUCUCCAAUCAUUCAGGAAGAUAUCUCACAGCUAACGCGUUCCCAAAUAAUUUACUGGCUUCUAGACAAGAUUUACGACAGUCCCGCCAAUCGCUAGCAAUGCAAUCGGACCGGAUGUCGGCACGUCCCCACCACGUCGCACCUGCACACUCCAUAGUAUCAUCCAGUAGACGGUCUCGACCACGAUCGAGGUCACGUGAACACCAGAGACCUAGCAGUCGCUACAGCAACGCGGGCUCAACGCACACACUCAACAACUAUUGUGAUAAUUCUGAUAAUUGGACCGACCACGACAUGGACAUUUACAUGGCCAGGAAUCCCACCACGCGAAACGGAUUGGUGCCUUUGUGAGAGGAAGAAUCGACUGAAGAAGUAGUUUGAUUUUUGGAAAUUAGUAAAAUACCAAAACAUAAAUGUUUUUGUAGUCUCUGAAUAUUUUGGAACCGUUUUUCUCGAGUAGCUAUAUAAUGAUUUGUUUUGAAGUACAUUUUAUAAUUAUCAGAUGCUAAUUGAUGUUUCCAUGCUUUUCUGUUGUAUAACGAUCUAACGUAUCAUUUAAUAAUCGUUUAUGUGUGUAUCCUAGCCUCCUCAAGAAUUUUUCUUCAGGCGUAUUAUUGUUUUGUAGAGUUUUAUUUUUGUAUUUCUCGAUAUAAUUGUGGAUUUAAGAAGGAGAUUGAGUCCAAAAUAGCAUCUGUUCAUCAUCAUCUUUGGCUCGACAAUCCUCUGUGGAUCUUGGCCUGCCAUUCUGUUCGGUUUUUGGCAACAUGUUGCCAUCUUCUGAUUUUUAAUAUUCGUAAGUCGGUUUCUAGUCCAUCUAACCACCUAAUUCGCGGUCGACCUUUGCUUCUUUUUCCUACAGGUGUUCCUGUGGUUAGCUUUUUAGCAAUGGUAUUUUCUGGCAUUCGUAUUAUGUGUCCAGCCCAUCUAAGUCGCUGUGUUUUAAUGAACGUUAUGACAUCUGGCUCAUCAAAGAGCUGAUACAAUUCAAAAUUAUAUCUUCUGCGCCACUGCCCUUGGUCGUUUACAGCUCCAAAUAUUUUGCGGAGUAUUUUACGCUCAAAUAUUCCCAAAAGUCUUUCAUCUUUCUGCGUUAGAGUCCAUGUUUCUGCUCCAUAUGUGAGGACCGGCCUCAGCAAUGUUUUGUAUAUAAUAAUUUUAGUUUUUCUUUGAAUGUUUCUUGAGUGGAAAUGCUUCUGGAGUCCAUAGUAUGCCCUAAUUGUAAGAUUUAUUCGUCUUUUGAUUUCUUCGCUUGCUUUAUUGGUAGCAGUCAAUAGCGACCCAAGGUAUGUGAAGUUGUCAAUACAUCCAAAGGUAUGACUUCUAACAUGUACUUGGUUUUGUCUUCGUUGACUAUGACUAGACCGACCUGUUUCGCCGCUGUUUCCAAUUCUAGGAGAUAUUGCUCAACAUCUCGCUUGCUACGCCCUACUAUGUCAUUGUCAUCAGUAAGACUUGUAUCGAUCUAUUGUAAAUAGUACCGCCAUCCCUAAUUCGUGUAUCUCGGACUGUCUUUUCUAAGGCAAUAUUAAAUAGGAGGCAAGCCAGAGCAUCUCCUUGUCUGAGUCCAUCCUUUAUCUCAAAGGAUCUAGAACUCUCUCCCUGUAUUCUAACAUAGUGGUUAGACAUUGUCAUUCUCGUUAGUCGGAUAAGUUUCUCUGGUAUACCAAACUCAUGCAUUGAUUGGUAUAGCACUGUUCUCUUGACACUGUCGUAUGCGGCCUUGAAGUCGACGAAUAGGUGAUGGGUUUCAAUAUUGAAUUCUAAUGUUUUCUCGAGAAUCUGUCUUAUUGAAUGAAUCUGGUCAAUUGUUGAUUUUUCUGGGGUGAAUCCAACUUGAUAUUUACCAAUUAUGCCCACUGUGUAAACUUGCAAUCUUUCGUAGAAAAAUAUUUGCUAGUAUUUUGUAAGCAAUUGUAAACAGGGUUAUACCUCGAUAGUUGUCACACUGGAGCUGGUCACCUUUUUUAUGUAACGGGCAUCGCCACCAUUCUUGUAGAGCUCACUGCAAAUUUGAUCAACUCAAAAUAGCAUCUGUUGACCUUGCAAAUUCUUCGGUUUAUCUCUGCGGUAGUUUUAUUUUCAGUGUUAAGGAGCUUUCCCAGGUAUACAAAUUCAUUAAAUGCUUCGAUGACGUCGUUUUCUAUAAAAAGUGGUCCUAGGAUUUGUGGUUGCGUGCUUAUUUUCAUACACUUCAUUUUGUUAGUACUCCUCUCGUACAGCGUUUUCCAUUCCCAAAAAUAUUGAAAUCAUCAGCAUAGGCCAGGAUUUGCACUGAUUUAUUAUAUAUUAAACCAGGGGUUGUGAUUUGUGACAUAAGUAUUACUUAUUCCAGAGCCAGAUUGAAGAGUACACAGAAGAAAAGGUCUCCCUAACGCAGCUUAUUUGUUUAAAAAUGUUCAGACAGUUCCUCCUGAAUUCGUCUAUUGAAUACUAUUGUCUAUUCAUAAGGAAUAAAAGGAAAAAGUGGUAUUCUGAAACAGGGUUUUUCUUAAAAUUGAGAUAAACGCAUCGACUUCUUCAGAAAUUUUAACAACGUGUUUUAAAUUUAAAGCUCUGUUAAAGUCUCAGUAUUGCAGAAGGCAGGAUCAUUUUUUGCAUACUUUAGAAUUUAAUUUAUUAGUAAGAAGACGAAUGGACGUUGCUUUUUAAGUGAACAAUGCAAAAAAUACCAUGUUGAAGAAGUAGUUAUGGUUAUUGGAUAUGUCAAAGACUUUUUUGAUAUCAUUGAACUCUCCAAAUAUUUUUAAAGUGGUUGAUUUUUGGCCUAGUGUAUAGGAUAUAUUAUAAUAAUGAAAGUAAACCUGCUACUUCUUCUUAUAGUUGCAUGACUGUCACAAACCACGCACCAUCACGGCAUUAGUUUAAGUAUUUUAGUCAUGCUGUUCCUCUUCUGGCAGGACCACUUCCUCUUCUUGUAUGACAUUUCGUAUGACAAAUCAUUUUAUAAAAAACUAUUGUAUUAAUUGAUGCUUUGUAUUGAAGUGGUAUUGAAUUUCCACAAAUCAAACUAUGAUGCUUAGCAUACAAUCUAAGAAAAAACAGUGUAAAUAGUGUAUUGUAGGUGCAAAUGAUUCACAAAAUAUUGAUUUAAAUUAGAUUUUUAAUAAAAUUUAGAUUAGGUAAAACAAUUAUAGUUUAUAGGAAGAAUGAUUGAAUGGAGUAAACGAUGUGUAGCUAUAUGAUCUUUUAACGUUACUAUUUAAAUAAAUUCGGAAACUUUCAAAGUCACAGUCAGUUUUGCUUGAAUAUCCCGUGUGUGGAUUCAUGUGAGUUAUUUCCACAUACUGAUUGUUCAAAUAAGACACAGUUCAAAACCACAAAAUGAAUAAUUGAUCAAAUUAGUUAUAAUAAUAAAGCUAUCUUAAAGUAUUAAACGAAAAAUUCCAUAUUUAAGAGCUUAUGGAAGUUGGACAAUAAUAAUAUCGAAAUAAUACAUUGAACUUAAAGUAACGUGGCCAACAUUGCUGAGACACCCUCUAUAGAUUAAUAUGAUAAAGCUUGACAGAGCUAUGACAGGUAUAUUAUAUAUUUUAGAGUGUUUUGCAUAAAUAUGCCUUUAAAAACAAAUCAAUCAAGGGUAGAAGCAUAUAACCUACAAAAUCUUCGUCAUUCAGUCGCUCGUCAUAGAUUAGACGGCAAAAAUCUACAAGAUACCAAAAUAUUUUCUAAUAUUAUCUAUUCUGGGUAGUUGUUGUGUUGCCUGGAACUUGAAACUUCAUUAUGUGAUCAUUCCAGUGGCACUACCACUUCAAUGCAGUAAUUGCUUCGAUGAUCCCUUCUGUGAGCUUCUCGAUAAAUUCUCAAUCUUUGUAUGAUUUGUUUAGUAAAUCGUCUCCUAGAUUUACAAUAGUUGUAAUAAACGAAAACAAAGUUGUAAAAAGCAUAGCCCUAUUUUAAGAGAGGAUAUUAAUGAUACAACUGCUAUUAAUAAAUGUGAAUAGACUACCAGUAUAUGUAUGACCCACACAAGACUGACGAAGAAGAUAUUGAAAAUCUCUAUACUGAUUUAAAAAGAGUAUUUGCAUCUAGAAAGAAGCACCGGCUCAAUAUUCUCAUGAAAAAUUUUAAUGCCAAAAUUGACGAAAGAGAACAGGAAGAUAUAUAUAAAAACGUCGUCUGGGAAUACCAAACGAAAGAGAAGAUAUGUUGUUGGGAUCGUCGGUGCAAACAAAAGGAAGUGGAGUAUCAGGAUCUUUCAAGUUAGCGUCUACCUAAUCAUCGUCGUCUGGAUCUACAAAGCAUGGUGAGAAAAAAAAAAGAAAGCUAGAGAAACAACUAAGACGAAAAAAAAACUGCCAAACGUUCAGCCACUGGCGAAAAGGCAAAAUCUGUAAAGAAAGUGGCCAAGGCUAAAAAAUAUACUCAUAUAUGCGUCUAUAUUAUUUGGUAUUAAUCUCCAAAUUCUUUACAGGUAGAUUUGAAGAGAGGUUAAAACAUUUAAACUUCACAUCUAUAAAACUCUAAUGAGACAACGACUUGAUAGAUGUCUCUAGUAAUUAUUUUAAAUUAAAUUAGUAUCAAUUGUAAAAAUAUUCCUCUACUCAUCUCUUCAAUUAUGAAUCUAAGUCGCUUGAAACACGAAUAUAGGAACACUUUUUGUAAUUGCUCAAAGAGACUAUUCGUAGAUGUAAAUAAAGUUGUGUGUGCAUUUAUUACUAAUAUAGAUUAGAAACUCCCGAUGCUGUUAAGAUACUGUAAGUGUCUCUUAUUUAUUGUUUAAAUUUUUGUACAUAUAUUUUUCUACAUAAAUAAAAUUACAAAAUUU